CAGGCAGCAGCGGGUGGCACCGGGAAGUCCUGGGACUAUAAAAGGGGAGAGAUCUCUCUUCUCCCCAUAUCUUCUGUCUGCUUCUUCAUUCUAAAGGAGAGCUAGGUAGACCUAAAUCUUUGCAAAGAUGGUGACAAAAUUUGAAGGUGCUAUAAAUUGUAUGGUGACUGUCUUCCACAAGUAUUCCUUGGGGCAUGGCCAUCCCCAUGCAAUGAACAGGAAGUCAUUUCGGAAACUAGUAGAGACAGAGUGUCCAGAGCUUCUGACGAAUCCAAAGGAUCCCAAAACCUUGGAGGCCUUGUUGAAAGAGGUGGACAGCAACAAAGAUGAGUUGAUGAGCUUUGAGGAAUACCUCUUCCUGAUAACCAGACUGAUGGUGGAUGCCCAUGAAGCUUCCCACGAGUAGCUGCAUCUUUGUUCCAGCGGGGAUCAAGAGGACCUACCUGGUGUUGGGUAUCUAUAGGGCAAUAAAGUGACUGAUACCUCAA